CUCCUUCUUCCAACUUUUACUAAAAAAUAUUUUCCAUAAAAAUAAAAAUAAAAAAUAAAAAGAACCUUUGGUGAAGCAUUAAAAAGCCCCCCCUCCCUUCUAUCAUUUUCUCACUUCUUCUUUACACAUUCUUCUCUCAAAGUGUAAGCAAAAAUGGCCAAUUCUUCAAAGCAUGGCCUAAUAAGCUUAUUAUUUCAUUGUAUUUUUGCUCAUAACAUGCUUCAUGUCAUGUCCCAAUGGCCUAAAGGUGGAUCAACAAGAUACUACGACUUCAAGGUACAAAUGUUAAAAGUCAACAAACUUUGUCAAACGAGAGAAAUAGUAACCAUUAACCAGAUGUACCCUGGACCAGUUGUGUACGCCCAAGAAGAUGACAGAAUUAUCGUGAAACUCACAAAUGAGACACCAUACAAUGCCACAAUUCACUGGCAUGGUGUGAGACAGAUUCUUACUUGUUGGUCAGAUGGACCUUCUUAUAUCACUCAGUGUCCUGUUCAAUCGGGUCAAACAUUUACGUAUGAGUUUACUUUGGUCAAACAAAAGGGUACCCUUUUCUGGCAUGCUCAUUUUUCAUGGCUUAGAGCAACUGUUUAUGGUGCAAUCAUCAUCUACCCUAGAAAAGGAGUCCCCUACCCUUUUAAAUCUCCUUACGAAGAGCACACCAUUAUCUUAGGUGAGUAUUGGAAUUGGGAUCUUGUGCAACUUGAGAGGAAUGUCACAGCUAGUGGUGGUGGUGCUCCGGUGGCGGAUGCUUACACCAUCAAUGGUCAUCCGGGCCCCAACUACAACUGCUCAACAAAUGAUGUGUACAAGAUUGAUGUAGUACCCGGGAAAACCUACAUGUUAAGAAUAAUUGGUGCUCUUCUAAACAUGGAAAGUUUCUUCACAAUUGCUAACCAUAAGUUAACCAUAGUUGAAGCAGAUGGAGAAUACACAAAACCAUUCACCACAGAUCGAGUCAUGUUAGGGCCAGGUCACACCCUAAAUGUCCUAGUCACAGCCAAUCAGAAAAUAGGAAGAUAUUCCAUGGCCAUGGGCCCCUACAUGUCAGCCCAAAAUGUUGCAUUUCAAAACAUAACAUCAAUCGCAUACUUCCAAUACAUAGGCGCCACACCAAAUAGCGUCACAUUACCCGCUCCUUUACCUAGAUUUAAUGAUAAUUUAGCUGUUAAAACGGUUAUGGAUGGGUUAAAAAGUCUAGAAGUUUCCAAUGUCCCUAAAGAGAUAGACACGAAUCUUUUUUUCACAAUCGGGCUUAACGUGAACAAAUGUGGAUCAAAAACACCGAAGAAGAAUUGCCAGGGUUUGAAUGGUGGUGUCAUGGGAGCUUCCAUGAACAAUAAUAGUUUCAUUAGGCCGAAUUUUUCGAUUCUUGGAGCUUAUUAUGAGCAUAUUAAUGGUGGGUUUACUGAGGAUUUUCCUGGGUCUCCUUUGAAAUUUUAUGAUUUUGUUAAUGGGGCGCCUAAUUCGGCUCCUAAUGACACGGGAUCUGUUAAUGGGACGAGAACAAAGGUUAUUGAAUAUGGAAGUCGGGUCCAGAUUAUUUUACAGGAUACGGGUACAGUUACUACUGAAAAUCACCCGAUUCAUCUUCAUGGGUAUAGUUUUUAUGUGAUUGGAUAUGGUAGUGGGAAUUAUAACCCGCAAACUGCUAAUUUCAAUUUGGUGGACCCACCUUACAUGAACACGAUUGGGGUGCCUGUUGGUGGAUGGGCUGCCAUCAGAUUUGUUGCUGAUAAUCCAGGGGUUUGGUUUAUGCAUUGUCACUUGGAGAUACAUUUGACUUGGGGAUUAGCGGUUGCAUUGGUGGUGAAGAAUGGUGUAGGGCCAAUGGAGACGCUUCCUCAUCCUCCAGCAGAUAUGCCUCGUUGUUAGUUAAUUACUAAUUAGGUUGUCAUCUUUUAUCAAGUAAAAGAUUUUUGAAAACAAGUGUGCAUUAAGUAUUUAAGUGUGAUUUCCGAUUUUUUAGAAUAUAUCGUGUAAAAAAGCUCAUGUUUCAGUGAAUAAAAUUGAAAGUUUUGACG